AUGUCCGAGGAGUCGGCCCCGGGCCCCAAGGAGAGCCCGCUGGCUGCGCGGCAGGCAGGCUCCCGCGAGGUGUGGAAGAAGGGCGGCCGGCUGCUGUCCGUGCUGCUGGCCGUGAACGUGCUGCUUCUCGCCUGCACGCUCAUCAGUGGCGGCGCCUUCAACAAGGUAGCGGUGUAUGACACCGACGUGUUCGCGCUGCUCACCACCAUGAUGCUGCUCGCCUCCCUCUGGAUCCUCUUCUACCUCCUCCGGACCGUGCGCUGCCCCGACGCCGUCCCCUACCGGGACGCGCACGCCGGCCCCGUCUGGCUCCGAGGUGGACUGGUGCUGUUUGGGAUCUGCACUCUUGUCAUGGAUGUCUUCAAGACUGGCUACUACUCCAGUUUCUUUGAGUGCCAGUCGGCCAUCAAGAUCCUGCACCCUCUCACCCAGGCUGUGUUUGUCGUCGUCCAGACUUACUUUCUCUGGGUCUCCUCUAAAGACUGCAUUCACGUCCAUCUGGAUCUGACCCGGUGUGGUCUCAUGUUCACCCUCACCACCAACCUGGCCAUCUGGAUGGCUGCCGUAGUGGACGAGUCCGUGCACCAGACCCACUCCUAUGAUAGUUCCCACAGCAACGCUAGCCACCUUCACCUCGCUCCUGACCGUGAGUCAGGCAGCUCGGUGGGAGGAGACUGUUCCUGCAACACAGCCAUCUGCCAGAUCUUCCAGCAGGGCUACUUCUACCUGUAUCCCUUCAACAUUGAGUAUAGCCUGUUUGCUUCCACCAUGCUGUAUGUCAUGUGGAAGAAUGUGGGUAGGCUGCUGGCCUCCUCCACCCACAGCCACGGCCACACACCAUCCCGGGUCAGCCUCUUCCGGGAGACCCUUUUCGGUGGCCCAAUCCUGGGCCUGAUGCUCUUCGUGGUGGGGCUGGCCGUCUUCAUCAUCUAUGAGGUCCAAGUGAGUGGGGAGGGGGGCCGCACCCAGCAGGCCCUGGUCAUCUACUACAGCUUCAACAUCAUCUGUCUGGGGCUCAUGACCUUGGUCAGCUUGAGUGGUUCAGUCAUCUACCGUUUUGAUCGCCGGGCCAUGGAUCACCAUAAGAACCCCACUCGAACGCUGGAUGUGGCACUGCUGAUGGGUGCUGCCCUGGGCCAGUAUGUGAUCUCGUACUACUCUAUCGUAGCCGUGGUGGUGGGCACACCCAGGGACCUACUGGGGGUGCUCAACCUAGCCCACGCUCUGCUCAUGAUUGCCCAGCACACCUUCCAGAAUGUAUUCAUCAUUGAGAGCCUCCACCGGGGACCACCCGGGGCUGAACCUCAUGAUACCACCCCCAAAGAGCCCUGCCAUGGCCUUACCUUUGCCAACGUGGAUGCCCUCCACACCUUGCCUGCCUGCCCACCCACUCCCAGGGUGGUUGGCACCAACCCAGUGGGCCCUCAGGAAGCAAUGGCCAUCAUCUUGGCCCCCAGGGGCCACUGGAGACGCCGGUGCCUGAAGGACAUUUCUCUGUUUCUCCUGCUCUGCAAUGUCAUUCUGUGGAUCAUGCCUGCCUUCGGAGCCCGCCCUCACUUCAGCAACACUGUGGAGGUGGACUUCUAUGGCUACUCGCUCUGGGCAGCCAUCGUCAACAUCUGCCUGCCCUUCGGCAUCUUCUACCGUAUGCAUGCUGUCUCCAGCCUGCUGGAGGUCUAUGUGUUGUCCUGA